GAACAUACAUAGAUGUAGGAGCUUAGGAAAUUAGGGAGAGAGGGAAGAAAAAAAAAAAAAGGAAAAGGAUAUUAACUUGAAUGAUAGCUUACUUCUUCCUUUCCAGAUUUUGUGGGUUUGUCUUAUGCUCUCAUACUUAACUGGUAUAUGAUUUCCUGCCCUACAAAAAGCAUUUGUAUUGUAACAAAUGCAGCAACCUCAGCAGAAACAGCACUCAUUUAAAGCUUGCAUGCUAAAUACCAGGCCUCAGAUCCCACUUCUGAUACCCACAAUCCACCCAUUAUCAAUGAUUGCUUUUUCUAGCCUUAGGGUGUGAUAACCAAUUCAACCCAGAACCUCCAGAGGGACAUUUUGUUGCAAUGAGUAAGGAAAGUAGAAGAGCCUCUCAUCAACGUGAUCCUCACGCAAAGCAAAACAAGGAAUACUAAAUGGCUGUGCCACCCUGGUAGCUACAUGGUACUACAUGGCCUACAGAGUUAUCCUGGACAGAUCAGUCUGCCUUCAGUAUCCCAGCAGUGUCACAGACAAAAUGAAUGGGAAGAGAAGUCCCAAUGGAAGAACGGCUGUGAAAUAGAUAAACCAAACCCAUCUCAGGCUUCUGCCAAAGGCUGACAUUAUGAAUUGGAGAACAGUAAUUUAUAUCAUUUUAUUAGUAAGCUUUACUGUAGUCAAAGCCCUGCCUAGAAGUUAUUGGGACAUAGAGGAAAAAAACAGCAUUGGCCAGCGUUUUUCUCAGCUGCAGGAGAAUAAUUUUAAAGCCAUUGCCAUGAUCAUGUUUGCUCAGUACGUGCAAGGAAGCACAUUCACCAAAGCGGUUAAAAUGGCUGAAACUGUAACAGAUCUUGCCAAAAGGUGCGCGGCUGCAGAUGGAGACAACCCAGAUUGUCUGAAGCCUUUGGACAAGAUUUUCCUCGAUACAAUAUGCCAGGAGGAAAAUCUUCCAAGGUUUACUGACUGCUGUGCUAAAAAGGACCCUGAAAGAAACGAUUGCUUUCUCUCCCUUAAAAAUUCAUCAAGAGCAUUCAUUUCUCCUUUUGAAAGGCCAAAUGCUGAAGCUGCCUGCAAAAAUUAUUCACAGAAUCAACAUUCGUUAACAGGAUAUUUCAUCUAUGAGAUUUCCAGAAGGCAUCCUUUCCUCUAUGCCCCAACAAUCCUUUCUGUUGCUAUCCAUUAUGAUGAGAUGAUGAAGGACUGCUGUAGAAGUGCCGAAAACCCCACUCAUAACCUGGAGGAAUGCUUUCGGAGACAGGCACCAAAGGUAGUGAAGCCAGUCAGAGAAGAUGGCCUGAGGCAGGAACACACAUGUGGAAUUCUGAAGAAGUUUGGAGAAAGGACCAUAAAGGCUCUGAAACUUGCUCAGAUAAGCCAGAAAUUUCCUAAAGCUGAUUUUGUUACUGUUAGCAAACUUGUGAUGGAUGUUGCUAACAUGCACAAGGACUGCUGUCGUGGAGAUAUGCUGGAGUGUAUGCACGAUAGGGAAGAGAUUCUACACUAUGUCUGCACCAACCAAGACAUCAUAUCAAGUAAAAUUAAAAAGUGCUGUGAAAAGCCACUGUUACAAAGAAGUGAAUGCAUAAUUAAUGCAGAAAAUGAUGACAAACCUGCGAACUUGUCCCCCCAUGUCAGGGAGUUUAUAGAAGACAAAGGAAUAUGUGAACGCUUUGCUCAGGAAAAAGAUACGCACUUAGCCAGGUUUCUCUAUGAAUAUUCCAGAAGACACCCUGAAUUUUCUGCUCAAAUGCUUUUAAGAAUUGGUAAAGGAUAUGAGGACCUGCUGGAGGAGUGCUGCAAAACUGAUUCUCCACAAGACUGCUGCAGCAGAGGGGAAGAAGAACUGAAGAAACACAUUUAUGAAACGGAAAGUGUGAUGAAAACAAGCUGUGACAUUUACAAGGAGAAAGGAGACUACUAUUUCCAAAACGAGCUUCUCAUGAGCUUCACCAAGAAGAUGCCUCAGCUAACAUCUGCAGAGCUAAUAAAAUUCACCAAACAAAUGACUACAAUCGGCUCCAAAUGCUGCCAAUUAGGCCAGGACAAGCUAUUGCCUUGUGCUGAAGAAAACCUGGAUCUUGUGCUUGGAGAAAUAUGUAGAAGACACCUAACCAACCCAAUAAACCCCGGUGUUUGCCACUGCUGUAGUAGCUCCUACGCUCUUAGGAGGCCAUGCAUGGGGAAACUAGAAAUUGAUGAGAAUUAUGUGCCCUUAUCAUUGACUCCUGGUCUGUUCACUUUCCACGAAGACUUGUGUACAACAGAAGAGGAAAAGUUACAGCACAAGAAGCAGGAAAUGCUCAUCAACCUCAUUAAAUACAAGCCCCAGAUCACACAGGAACAGCUGACCUCCGUCACUGCGGCUUUUACUGCCAUGAGGGAACAGUGCUGCAAAGAAGAAAACCGCGAAGCAUGUUUUGUGAAAGAGGUAUUGUUUCUGUUUUCACCUUUAUAUUCUCAAAGUGAAAAUAUACACAAAAGUGUAAAUUUCUCCAUUAAGCAACAAAAGCAAAGCCUGACUAGCCAGAAUUCCUUUGGUUCUAUUUCUAAAGACCAACGUUAUUGCCUGCACAGGUAGAUAGGCAUGUCAGUUUAGCUGUGCAUGACUGCUAGAGAACAUAGCUAGUUAUCCUUGUGUUUCUGUGUAGCAAUUUAUAGACACAGAACUCAGCUACAUCUAUUGCUACUGGGGAAUCACUGGGACUUGGCACUUGUCUUUCCUAUGUUAUUUUAGCUUAUUGACAUUCAUAACGCAGAGCUACCUUGGUUUCUCUCUGCCUUUCAGUAAACCUGCUUUUCCUUACUUCUCAUCUCUGAUAUAUUCCUUAAGAUAAACUGAAAUUUAACAUGUUUCCCACAACCCUUGAGGCUUACUCCCUCUCUUCUAAGUCUUUGCAUUACUUUGCUUCAAAUGAUCAAGUACAGAAAAACCUUACUUAUGUAAAAAGUUUCCACCUCCACGUCCACCCAGCCUAUCAUCCAGAAAGAAUCAUCCUUCUACUUAAUAAAGCUGUAUUUCAGUAUUUUUCUACCAAAUGCCAAACCAUCUAAGGCAACCUGAGCUGAGCAGUAAAAGCAAAAUGUAUAUUAAACAGUGUCAUAUGUAUAUACACACUGUAUAUACAGUGCUUGUACACAACUUGCAGAGAUUAUAAAACAUUAAUGAAUUGACUUACUGCUCUUGUACACAUGUAACUUGUUCGCAAGUACAUUACCUUCCCUAUUUCAUUGAUAAUAUUCACUUUUUU